UCGUAACAAUAUUUACUUCACAUUUUAUUGUACUUUUAUUUGCUCAUUCAAUAUAGAGAGAUUACGUCUUUAAUAUUACAAUGACAGAAAAUGGGUAUGCAGAUCUAGAGAAGCAAAUGCUACUUCUUCAUGAUCAUGAAGAGAAGCACUUCAUGUCAAGUGAGAUCGUCCGAGAUGUCAUCAUCGGUGCAUCCGACGGCCUCACUGUCCCCUUUGCACUUGCGGCGGGCUUGUCGGGAGCCGACGUCUCCUCCUCCAUCAUUCUCAUUGCUGGAAUUGCUGAAGUUGCUGCCGGUGCCAUCUCCAUGGGGCUAGGAGGGUAUCUUGCAGCAAAGAGCGAAGCUGAUCACUACAUGAGAGAGCUAAAGAGAGAAGAAGAUGAAAUAGUUGCCGUUCCAGAAAUAGAGGCUGCCGAAGUUGCCGAAAUAUUGGCACAAUAUGGGGUCGAACCACAUGAAUAUGGGCCAGUUGUGAAUGCUCUAAGGAGAAACCCUCAAGCCUGGGUUGAUUUCAUGAUGAAGUUUGAACUGGGGUUAGAGAAACCAGACACAAUGAGAGCACUACAGAGUGCAUUGACAAUUGCCAUUUCUUACAUAAUGGGAGGAUUAGUGCCAUUGUUGCCGUACAUGAUCAUUCCAAUUGCUAGAGAGGCUGUAAUAGCAUCAGUUGUCUUAACUUUAGUGGCACUAAUCAUCUUUGGUUUUGCCAAAGGCUACUUCACCGGAGAUCAGCCCUUCAAGAGUGCCAUCCAAACUGCAUUCAUUGGUGCCAUUGCCUCUGCAGCUGCUUAUAGCAUUGCUAAGUUUUUCCGAGCAUAAAUUAAUAAUUAACUUAAUUAAGUAUUUAGAUAAAAGAAAUGUUUGGAGGGUAUUUAAGACUUUGAUUCUCUUAUUUGUACUGAAGUUUCAGUGAGUGGUUAAUGUAUUAAUAUCCAUCGUUUUGC